AAGAAUGACUGCAACACUUCCUAAGAUGCUUGGGCAUGUUAGAUAGCUACUUUGUGAACUCAUUCAGCUGUUCGUCAUGUAUUCAGUAAGUAUUUCCUAUGUGCCAGGCACAGUACACAGCAGUGGAGAUACGACCAUAAAACACACAAUCUUUAACCAACUGACUUUAUAGUCUAGCUGAAGAGAGAGAGGAGGGCAGAAAAAUAGAGUCUUAUGACAAAGUGUAAAGUGCUAUAUAGCAUGUUCAGCAUUAUAGCACUAUUGUAUUACAGCAUAUUAUGGAACCACAAAAGAAUAGAAUGCAAUCCAACCUUGCAAAUACAAUAAUGGCCUCCCUGAAUAAGUGAGAGGUGUUAGCGGUGGGGAGAAGGUAUAGAAAUUAACCAGGUAAAGAGGGGAUUGAUGAAUGUCUCAAUUAGAGGGAAUCCCAUAAGCAAAGUCUCAGAGGUGCCUGGUAAUAUGGUACAUCUGAGAAAGAACAAGGAACUACUGGUGAAAGCAAGUAGAUGUCUGGAAUAGGAUGCUGAUGCCCUGGUAAGAGAAGAAAUUUAAGACAUUCGCAAAAGUAAUCCAUUCCCAGCUGAAAGUGGAAAAAAAGCCAACGUAUUUAUUUGAUUAUUUCAGUUAAAAAUAAAGGUUUUUAAAAUUUUAUUUGGCUUCACUUUAUGAAUGCUUUGAAACAAAAUUUUAAAGUUUGAAUUAUCCAAAUUCAGUAUAAUUGCUUUAACUUGCUAUUGCAUUCUGCAAAUGGGAAAAUAGGGUGAAUGAUGAAAACCACUAAAUACACACGGAUGACAUGGAUACACAAUGAGUGAGGUACACAAGGAAACUUUUUACCAGUGAUCCUCAAACUUCAGUGAGCACAAGUGGACUACUUUAAAAGCCAUUUUCUAUCUUUCAUCCUUGAGACUCUGACUUAAAAGAUCUGUGGUGGAGUCCAGGAAUCUGAAUUUUUAACAAGACCACAAAUGAUUCUUUUAACUAUUUGCAAUAGAAAUUUUAAACCUAAACUAAAUUAGAGAGAAUACUAUAACAUCACCCACAUACUCCUCACUCACCUUCCAUAAAUAAACAUAUGGCCAGUCUUGUUUCAUCUACAUUGCCACUCAUUUACCCUUCAUCCUAAUUUCUUUUUAAAAUAAUCCCAAAUAUCUUGACAUUUUAUCCACUAACACUUCAGUUUGUAUCUCUAAAAAGAAUGAAUAUUUUUAGCAUUAUCACAAUACAAUAAUCACACCUAAAGACCCAAGGUGAUCCUAAUGUAACUGGUCCAGUCUCAGAAAAACUGGACUUGAGAAAGAGGGUAACAAGUCAGUGUCUAAGUGGACUACUUGGGAAGACAUAACUUAAUUUAGUUCAUCAUAGAUUCAAACUCUUUGUUCAAGAACAAGCAAGCUAUUCAGUUAUGUUUCUGAAACUGUUACCUUAAAUAUUCAAAAAAUGUAUUUAUGGAAAGCAUAAAAUUAACAUACUGAAUUGAAUUUUAAAAACUUUUUCAGGGUUAUUGAUCAAAAUUUUUAAGGAAAAAGAAGUUGCUUUGUUAAAUACAUUUUUACACCUUAUCAAACCUCAAAGAGGAAAGAACAAAUUGCUCAAUUUGCUUUUCCUCCAGAGUUACUUGGAUUUCACAGAGUUUAAAAAUAUUUUUCUCAAUGAACCUCAGAAAAGUUUCUCAGAGUAAUGAAGAACACAAAAUGUGCCCUGAUAACUUCCUCACAAUUUAAUUAACUCUAAAUGCUAAAGAAUCUUGCUAUUUAUAAUUAUAUCUAUAGAAUACAAUUUGAAUAUCAAGGUUAGAGAAAUCUGAUUCCUUCAGUCAUACUUCAGCUCCUUUCUUUUACCUGCUUUAUCAUCCCCAAUCAGAACCAAUAUUUAUAAAGUUCAAGUCAGUAUUUCCUUGACAUUUUUAUCUCCUUUCAUCUGUUGCUUUAAAAACAAAAGGGAACAAAACUUAAUACAGAAAAAUAAAAGAAAGGAGAAGCAGCUGCAAUGCUGAGCAGAAGAGGCAGGAACCAGAACUGGAGCAGUAACUGGGUGGGCACCAUGGCUGGGAUCGCCACCAUGGAGGAAGUGAAGUGCAAGAUCCAGGUUCUGCAGCAGCAGGCAGAUAGAUGAUGCAGAGGAGAGAGCUGAGCGCCUCCAGUGAGAAGUUGAGGAAGAAAAGUGGGCCGAGAACAGGCUGAGGCUGAGGUGGCCUCCUUGAAUCGUAGGAUCCAGCAGGUUGAAGAGGAGCUGGACCAUGCUCAGGAGCGCCUGACCACUGCCCUGCAAAAGCUGGAAGAAGAGGAAAAAGCUGCUGAUGAGAGUGAAAGAGAUAUGAAGGUUAUUGAAAACGAGGCCUUGCCGAGGCCCGGGAAUGGCGUGACCCCCGGGAGGCGGAGCUUGCAGUGAGCCGAGAUCGCGCCACUGCACUCCAGCCUGGGCAACAAAGUGAGACUCCGUCUCAAAACAAACAAAUAAAACCAGGCCUUAAAAGAUGAAGAAAAGGGCCCAGCACAGUGGUUCAAACCUGUAAUCCCAGCACUUUGGGAGGCCAAGCCAGGCGAAUCACGAGGUCAAGAGUUUGAGACUAUCCUGGCCAACAUGGUGAAUACCUGUCUCUACUAAAAUAAAAAUACAAAAAAUUAGCUGGGCGUGGUGGCACACGCCUGUAGUUCCAGCUACUCGGGAGGCUGAGGCAGGAGAAUCGCUCGAACCCAGGAGGCGGAGGUUGCAGUGAGCUGAGAUCGCGCCACCGCACUCCAGCCUGGCGAGACAGUGAGACUCCGUCUUAAACAAACAAACAAAAAGAUGGAACUCCAGGAAAUCCAACUCAAAGAAGCUAAGCAUAUUGCAGAAGAGGCAGAUAGGAAAUAUGAAGAGGUGCCUCGUAAGUUGGUGAUCAUUGAAGGAGACUUGGAAUGCACAGAGGAACGAGCUGAGCUGGCAGAGUCCCGCUGCCAAGAGACAGAUGAGCAGAUCAGACUGAUGGACCAGAACCUGAAGUGUCUAAGUGAUGCUGAAGAAAAAUACUCUCAAAAAGAAGACAUAUAUGAGGAAGAGAUCAAGAUUCUCACUGACAAACUCAAGGAGGCAGAGACCCGUGCUGAGUUUACUGAGAGAUUGGUAGCCAAGCUGGAAAAGACAACUGAUGACUUGGAAUAUAAACUGAAAUGCAACAAAGAGGAGAACCUCUGUACACAAAGGAUGCUGUACCAGACUCUGCUUGACCUGAAUGAGAUGUAGAACACCCCAGUCCUACCCUGCUGCUGCUCCUCCCUUUGUCUCUGACUCCACCUGAGGCCGGCCUGCCCGAAGCUGAUCUUUAACUGAGGGCUGAUCUUUAAUUUGGGGGCUGCUUUCUACUUUCGCAGCCCCCUCCUUCCCUGUUUCUUUUUUGCCAAACUGUCUCUGCCUCUUCCUGGAGAUUCCAGCUGGGCUAAAGCCUGAGCACCUUUGGAAACAACAUUUAAGGGAAUGUGAGCACAAUGCAUAGUGUCUUUAAAAGCAUGUUAUGAUGUGCACAUUUUGUAAUUACCUUUUUUGUUGUUUUGUAGCAACCAUUUGCAAAACAUUCCAAAUAAUUCCACAGCUCUGAAGCAGCAAUCUAAUCCCUUUCUCACUUUCAGAAGGUGACUUUUCAGCUAAAUGCAUAUUGCCCUCUCCAUAGAGGAGAGGAAAAAGUAUAGGCCUGCCUUACUGAGAGCCAAACAGAGCCCAAGAAAAGACUCCACUAUGAGAAACCUCGUUGCUCUGUACAAAAUACCAGCCAAACCAGAAAGGUGAAUCCAGGAGGAGUUAGCCAAACAACAACAACAAAAAAACAAAAAAGAUAUUUUAAAGCUGAAAACCUGGCUGGGUGCCGUGGCUCACGCCUGUAUUCCCACCAGUUUGGGAGGCCAAGGCAGGUGGAUCACGAGGUCAGGAGUUUGAGACCAGCCUGACCAACGUGGUAAAACCCCGUCUCUACUAAAAAUACAAAAAUUAGCCAGGCGUGGUGGCGUGUGCCUGUAAUCCCAGCUACUCAGGAGGCUGAGGCAGGAGAAUCACUUGAACCCAGGAGGCGGAAGUUUCAGUGAGCCUAGAUCAUGUACUGUACUCCAGCCUGGGCGACAGAGCGAGACUCUGUCUCAAAAAAAACAAAGAAAGAUAUCUUUGGACAACGUUAUUUCAAAUUUUUUUCAUUAGAAGUGACCAAAUUAAGAUGGUAAGACCUCUGAGACCAAAUUUUUGUCCUCCCAACUGCUUACAGAAUGGAUCACGUGCCCCUUAGGUUGAGGUGACUACUUAAUUGCUUUCCUACCUUCUUGAAAGAAAGAAAGAUUAUGUUUUUGCCACUGAUUUAGCCAUGUGAAACUCAUCUCAUUAGCCUUUUCUGGGUUUGAAGCUGCUAUCUCUAAAAGUGCCAUCUCAUUGUGCUUUGUAUCAGUCAGUGCUGGAGAAACCUUGAAUACCUUAUAUACAAAAUUUUUUUAAAUUUUGUAUUAUUUUGAAACUUUGCUUCCUUGGGUUUGUGGCACCCUGGCCACCCCCAUCUGGCUGUGACAGCCUCUGCAGUCUGUGGGCUGGCAGUUUGCUGAUCUUUUAAAGUUUCUUCCCCUACCCAGUCCCCAUUUUCUGGUAAGGUUUCUAUGAGGUCUG